GUUGUGUCUCUGGGCAUCACCUCCUUCACCUUGUGUGCUCUGGGUAUCGAUCGUUUCCAUGCCGCCACCUCCUCGUCCCAGCCGAAGGCUCGGCGGGUGGAGCGCUGCCGCUCUGUGCUGCUGAAGCUGCUGCUGGUGUGGCUUGCUGCUCUGCUGUUGUCCAGCCCAGAGAUCUUCUUGUGGCAGCUCAGCCAGACCGUGUCCUCAUCCACCGGCCGGCUGGUGGACUCCUGCACCAUCACCCCCUCCUCCCCUCUGUCCUUCUACCUUCCUGACUCCCUCCACUCGCUGCUGCUCAGGUAUCACCAGGGUCGUAUGUGGUGGUGCUUCGGCUGCUACUUCUGCCUCCCCGUCCUCUUCACCAUUCUCUGCCAGAUGGCCACCCGCAACGUCAAUAGCGACUACACCUCUGCCAAAAAACAGCGCGACCAUGACGACCGCUCCUCCAAUCAGAAGCGUCAGCAGCACCAGGCGGUGGAGCGGCAGCUGAACUGCACGCUGCUAGCAUUAGCUGUGGUGUACGGCAUCUGCGCUCUGCCCGAACACAUCUGCAACAUCACACUGGCCUACACGCAGAUCACUGUCUCUGAAGACACAGCCGCCAUGUUGGCUCUGUUGCAUCACUUCCUGUUGUUCUUCAAGUCAUCGGUGACACCUGUGCUGCUGCUGUGUCUCUGUAAGGCUCUCGGCCAGGCCUUCAUGGACUGCUGCUGCUGCUGCUGUCAGGAGUGUCAGCCCAACACGACCCAAGGAUCACCAGGCUCCGCCCAGGUCAAACUGAAGGCAGCCAAUGAGACGUCCAUCUUAUUUGACAAGGCUAAAGACACGUCCGCCAUCUUGUCCAUCUCCAGCUAGAGCCUCUUUAACUAUCAGUCCAUCCUUUCCUCCGGGAUAAAUCAAUCAUGUCCAUUCUUCUCUUCCUUCCCUGAUGUUUAACUGGUCAGUUUCCUUUCUCCUCUUCCAUGUUUGCCAUCAUCCCUCUUCUUCUUCUUCUACCACAUAUUCUUUCCAUCAAUACUUCUUUCUUUCUCUCGGCCCUCCCCUCCUCUGUAUGAUAUUUCUCUAUGGACACAGUGUUCCCCCCUCCAGCUUCCUCUCUGUGCAGGAAAUGAGGUUUAAUCUGUAGUGAGUUUAGAAAAGUUGCUGUACUUGCACAGCCAGCUGUUGUAAAAGCAGGAGCCUGUUUCCGGACCCUCCCAGUGGGACUCGUCUCUCCGGCUCCCCGCUGACAUGUUUGUGAAGUUUUAUGGAAAAACAACAGUAGAUGCAGAAUAGAUGGAAGAUCCUCGAUGUUUGUUGCACCUAAGACGGAUGAUGCAAAGCUGAAAUGUAAAUGUGUUUCAUGGAGAAGCAGCAGAAGUUUAUAUGUACGGUGGUUUUGUGGGAGAAGCUGCGGCUGAGCCAGACGUGGACGUUAGUUUGAGUCAAAUCAAACUAAUCAAGCUAAUGUCAGAAGCUUCUUCAGACGCUGUUCAGUUCUUUUAUACAAUUUGUUCAAAGUCAUUAAAUAGAACAACAAAAAGUGCAAAAGUUAAAAGUUAAAAGUUACAGAGAGCUCCCACAGCCUCGUCUGAAGAACAGAAGCGCUGCUUGUUCGAGUUAAAUGAGGUGAAAUCUUCUGUUGCAUUGUGGGAGCAAUGCAUUCAAGCAGCAACGCAGACGCCGGCCGAUCAAAUCAUGUUUAUGUAAAUUCACGGUCCUGACUCACAUGGACACAAACUGGAGAAACAGAGGCAGCUCAGAAUGUCGGCCAUCUUGUGUGUCCUGAGCGGGAAACUGUGCUUGGUUGUUGUCAUGGUGACGGGCGCUGUCGUGUGAUAAGCAACAUUUACAUGUGAGCGCUGUUGCCAAAGCUUUCUUACACAUUUAAAAUAAUAAUAUAAAUAAUCAGUCAUUGGCAGAAACUCAGCAAAAAUCGUCUCAACAAAAUUAUGACACGUUUGCACAAAUGCCCUAAAUUCAUAUUUCUUGGAGACAAAGUUGUUGUCGAGGCAGAAAAAAACGAUGAAGCCGUCAAAGUCAAAGCAGAAUUCAUUCAACUUUUAGUUUCGUAACGAUCCCGUAACUCAACUGUAUGAACAACAUAUGAAUCAUCAUUUUGUUUUUGGUUGUGUAGAACAUGUUGGGAUUGUGGCUGCGCUGUUCAUUACAGCCACAAGGGGAGCUUGGUAAUUUAUGCUGGCUUUACACACGAAAAAAGAUUCUUCCAUUUUAAAUGAUUCAAGUUUAUGUUGGCCUGGUUGUUAAUCAAUACGUCCACUAGAGGGCAGUGCAGAACUCGAGGGUUUCUGACAACAACAAACAUGUCGUAAAUGGCAACGUUCCAACCGACCUGCUCGUCAGUCUCUCUUCAAAAACAUCUGCCAUUGUUGAAAUUUGUGUUUCAUGAUCGUCUUCCUUGAAGCUACACUCGAUCCAGCUCCAGUUGAAAUAAUUUCUGCCUCCGCAGCAGCUUUGUCUUUAAGAAACGUUCCAACACGUGAACGAGGAACCACCGCGAGAGUCAGGAUUCAAUCUGUGAUCUCAGACAAGAACGUGAUGAUACAUCGUUUGAAGGCUUCGAUGGAUGUUUUGACUUGUCUUCCUGUGAAGAGCGUGGUGCCUCGUUAAGCUUCGAAUCCAUCAACCUUGUUUGUGACGACGAAGACAGAGUGUAAGAGGCAGGGAGGAGACAUAACGAGUAUUUGAACAGGACUCGAACCCUCAGUACUGAGGUGCUCUCUUUGUACAGGAAAUGAAACUGUGUAGGAAGUUGUGUAUUAAUAUGUGUUUAGCAUAACAGUGUUUUCACUGUCAGACUCAAACCACUAGAACAAAUGAAGCAGAAUAUGAUUGUAGCUCGUUUUAAAGCUAGUUCUUUGACUAACUACAUCGUUGUAUGAAGGGAAGUGCGACAGUAAAUCUUCUACGUCACAUGAAUGUCUACGUGUUUGUGAUUAUCAGUGUCAGAGUGUGUUCUUGUUGUUGUGAUGUGCGUCCAUACCGACUGAGUCUCGUCGGAACGUCGGUCUGAACGCCUGCAGGUGGAAACUGUCCAGACUCACGUUGCCUUCACACGAGGAGCAGCUUGUUUCAAACAGCACGUCGCCACCUGUAGUUUCCACGGAAAGUUACAGGUGUUCAUGUGCACGAUUGCCCGAUCAAUUCUCUGCUCUAACGCAAAAGAUCACAAUGGGAUUUGUUGUACACGUACUAGAUUCUUAUUUUCAUUCCCUGACAAUUCCAGGACGGAUUCCGUCGGCUUUUGGGAACCUGACCCAGUUGUCUUAUAAAUAAAAUAACUACAUAUUUAAAGUAACUCAGGAUUCUGACUCGAAGUGAUGCACAAGCAGCACCAAUGAGUAAACUCAUUGUAGUGACAUCAUCUUAGUUUGAUCAACGUUGACUGAAAGACUCGAAGAAAGAAAGUGUGAAGGCAACGUGAAUAAACUGUAGAACGUCAGUUCAUACAUUCACUCUUCGUGAGUCUGAAGUGAUGCAACAUGGGACAGGAGGAGAAAAUACAGUUUGGUUAAAUAAAAGUUAGCAACAGAACAAGUGGGUGGAGACUGUCGUGGAUUUCUUAUUCAAGUCAGAAACAUAGAAUCAUUCUUCAAGAUUUUAUUCAUCAU